GAAGAAGGCUUCGUCUUCACCUGUCGGAGGUUUGGUACUAUCCACUCCAGGGGGGGGCGUCGCAUUCCGGCCGACACCGACAACGACAUUACGACAUGGACGACAUUACUCGGGCCGCUUGUGCGGACGGCUUGUAUCCGCACCCAGUUCGUCGACAUGCAGCGUACAACGGAAGAAAAAUGGGGUUUCGAUAACAGGUUUCCGGCCAACAGCAGCAACUCUACCAUCGCUUCGGGAGCAACUUCUUUUCUGCCCGCAGUCAUGUCACUUCUCUCUCCCAUCUCUGUGACAGGGCCUUCAAUCAAUUGCCACAAUUCUACCUCAUCGCUUCCGGAGCAAGAUCUUCUUUUCGGCGCCCUCGUUGGCAUGCGAUCAUUCUGGUCUGCCCGCAACAGUCAUAUCACUGCUCCAUCUUCUUCCGUUGACGGGCUCUACGACCAGAUCGCGGCAGUUCUACAUCGCUUCCAAAAAUACCUUCUCUUCUGCCGGCAGCAGUCACAUUACUACUCCAUUUUUUGCCGAUGA